AUGGAGGACCAACUCAAGGAGCUGUUUCAUUUUCUGAGGGAUCAGAAUCCGCAAGUGCGACAUAUCGCCCUAUCUAACCUUGUUGGUCAAACUGCAAAGGAGUCCCCCUACCGCCACAUAUUCUUGCAAGGAAUCCAGGGUUCGAAGCCUCAAGAACCUGAUGUCAUUCGCGACUUAAAGUUAUUGUGCCGCGACCAGCUGGCCACAGCACACGACGCAUUCCGUGCCCUUGUGAACCUUUCGGACUCAACGUUCCUUGUCCCUUUUUUUAUAGAACAGUCUUUUCUGACCUACCUUGUGUCGUAUCUACUAAAUCCGGAUGCGAUCCUUGCAGAUCUAGCCUCCAUGUUGUUAUCCAACUUAACGGCGUCAUCUUCCGCAUGCUCCGCUUUGCUCACCUUGAGAGUAUCCUUGGUAAUAUUAACGCCCUCUGCUUCUCAAGUUUCGUAUUAUGCGCCGCAGUCUCGCUCGGGAACGUGUCCCGCUCCUGUGCCAUAUCCCUCUGGGGAGCCUCAGGAGAUCCUCGCACUGCCCCUACUCAUCGAUGCUUUUGUUCAAGGGGCGUCUUUGGACCAAUCAGGAGACAAAUCUAAACGCACACGCAAGGGACAUUUACACUUUCUUUCCAGCGUGUUUGCGAACAUCAGUACUUCACCAGCUGGGCGGUUAUUUUUCGUGACACCACGACCCGCCGACCCUAUCAAAUCCGAUAGUGCCCUCGAGUAUCCUCUCGCGAAGCUCGUGCCGUUUACAGAGCAUCAAGACACAAUUCGGAGGGGAGGCGUUGCAUCAACAUUGAAAAACUGCUCUUUUCAUGCGAAGGCCCACAAAGCAAUAUUGUCCCCAGAGACUGAUCUAACAUCGGUGCCGCCAUCUACCGUUAGCGCCCCAGGUAUAGAUGCUCUGCCAUAUAUAUUACUUCCCUUAGCUGGCCCAGAGGAGCUUGACCUUGAGGUCCAAGAAAUGCUCCCAUCCGCUCUCCAAUUCUUGCCUCCAACUAAGAAGAGGGAACGUGAUCCAGUGUUGCGACUGACCCAUGUUGGGACCCUCCUGCUUUUGUGUACCACGCGAUGGGGUCGUGAGUACCUGCGCACUCAUUCUGUGUAUGAAAUAGUUCGUGGCGCGCACUUGGAAGAGACCGUGGAUAAGGUUUCAGAACACAUAGAACGGCUUGUACAGCUUAUCAAGGGGGAUGAAGGCCCAGAGACAGAAGAUGACGACGUUGUGGUUGCCAAGGUUGAAGAGGGAGCCGAAGCCUCAGACGAUGAAGACUACAGAAUUGAAGAAGUUUGA